GUACUGGAUGGGCAUGUGUCAGCCAGUGAGACACAGGGUGCUGAGCUGGCAGUUGUAACUGCUGAGCGCUGGUUCAUGGCACCAGGUGUAAGAAGAAUAGAGAUUCGUCAAAACGCACUUGUAGGGACGUUAUUCUUGCCCCCUGGUCCAGGUCCAUUUCCAGCCAUGUUGGACCUGUGGGGAAUGGGUGGAGGACUGGUGGAGUACCGCUCUGCUCUGUUUGCUUCCAGAGGCUACGCCAGCUUGUCUCUUGCCUACAUAGGGCACAAAGAAUUACCUGGCCCACAGAACUGCAUCAAUGUUGAUGAUUCAUAUUUCAAGUCAGCCUUCCACCUGCUGCAAGAUCAUCCUCAGAUCUGUGCCGACAGAGUUGGGAUCAUUGGUCUGUCAUUUGGAGUCUACCUAACUCUUCGAACUGCCACUCAGACUGGUGUCAAACCAUCCUGUUUGAUUUGUAUCAAUGGACCAGUCGGAAGUACCAUCAAGCUCUCAAAUGCAGAAGGCAGGACUGAAAACUUUGAAAGUAACAGUAAAUACUGGGUGUAUGAUGAUCAAGGCCAUGUCACUUUCAAAGAAGUCUCCUCGCCUGCUAAUCUUGACCCUGAGAGCAAAGUGAAGUUCGAGAACAUCACCUGCCCAUUAAUGUACAUAGAGGGAGAAGAUGACCUGAGCGCUUCAAGCACAGACAAUGCAAACCUGAUCGAGGAAACCCUGAGGGCCGCAGGUAAAUCUCACCUGUUCACACGUUUGUCGUACCCUGGUGCUGGUCACCUGAUUGAACCGCCUUACUCCCCAAAUUCAAGAAUGUCCUUAUUCAGAGUCAAACCAGAAAAAUUGUUCACUCUGUGGGGAGGUCAUCUCGCUCCCCAUGCAGCAGCACAGGAAGACUCCUGGAAUAAGAUGCUGUAUUUUAUGGAAAACAAUCUGAGACAGUGAAGUGACUUUUAAGAUAGAAAAUAACUUUAUGUAUGUGUUUGUUUGUGACAUGCUGCAAUUAUCAGAGAUAGUUUUACAUCCAGAAAACUGAGAGAGAAAACAAACUUUGUUGUUGUUGUCCUGGUUUGAGACUCACUCAAAAACUACAGUAACUUCCUCCUUCACCUUCAGCACUUUACAUUGAGCAGAGUGUAGAUUGGCCACAGGGUGGAGCUGUUUGGUAACUGUCAGAGUAGUUCAGCUCAUGAGAAGGAUAUUCCACCUAUACUGUUACACUUUAUAGCCACUGUUUAUGCAGCUGAGACACUCAGCAGAUACCACAAGUACCCAAAACAACUGUAUUCCUUGGCUAUUCAUGUAACACGUCGCAUUGCUACAAACUCCAGAACUGAAAUGUUUUUCCUGCUACUUCUCUUGACAAAUUGGCAGAGGAGGAUUGUUCAUGUGAAUCACACCAUGAUUAGAUAGAUAGAUAGACAGACAGACAGACAGACAGAUAGACAGAUAGAUAGAUAGAUAGAUAGAUAGAUAGAUAGAUACUUUAUUGAUCCUGGGUGAAAUUGAGGCAUCCAAUAGAACACAAAACAGUCAAACACAAGAGCAUAAGAAUAAUAAAAAUUUGUCAAGAAUAAAUUCACUGCAGUGAGAUGAAAAUCUAGCCAUCGGUGCUACUACAAAGCUGUCACUGUAAGGAAGUAUGUGCUAAUGGACAUAUUGACAAUACAAAAGUUAGCAUUGAAGCCAAAUAUAAAUACAGAUUUAAAGAUACA